AUGCCUGCCAUGGAAACCGUCACCGUCAUCAACAAGUCCGGCAAGGUCAUCAGCACUGGCAAACACCUAGUCAACAUCUUCAAGGACGCAAGAGAAGCCUACCAAUACAAGAAAGCCGAGUUGAGAGCCGACCACCAGGCCAAUAUAGAAUGGAAGAAUGAGCAAAGGCUUCUCGAGACCCGGCAAGAGAGCCGCUCAACCACCUCCACCUCCAGACACUCUCGCCGCCAUCGCGACCCAGCUAGUCCCUCCCGACCGCCUGUCACCGAACACAAUCUGAGAAAUAUCUCCGAAGUCAGCGGCUCCUCCACCCGCAGAUCUCGCAGUCAUCAUGGCUCCCGCAGAGCGACGUCCCCUCAUGCCCGCACCUCUCCUCGCUCCAUUCAUUCCGGGUCCGAACACCCCGGCCUCCAACGCAGACACUCGGCGGUCCCCAGUGAUUCCGGCAGCAUUUAUUGUCCCCCUCCAUUGUCCUCUCAGCUCUCCCGCAUGCCCCCGCGCGCGCAUUCGAACCCCGACUUCCACAGCGACAGCGAUGGCAUCGACAUGAACCUCGCCUACGGCAAGCUGCCACCUGACCUCCUACCCGGAUACGAGGACGAGAGACAGAAGGAGGAGCUCAAAGCUACCAUGACGAAGCUGGAUGGGAUGCUGAUGGAGGCACACUGCGUGCAACACUCCGCUACGGCUAUCAUCACCAAUCUGCAGGCCAACCCGGAGGCCAUGGCUGCGGUGGCACUGACGCUUGCCGAGCUGAGCUCGCUGUUGAAGACCGUGUCGCCGGGGAUCAUCACGGCUUUGAGAUCGUCGUCGCCGGCUGUGUUCGCGUUGUUGUCUUCCCCGCAGUUCCUGAUUGCGACUGGUGUCGCGCUCGGUGUAACGGUCGUCAUGCUUGGGGGGUACAAGAUCGUGAAACAGAUCCAGGCUAAUGGCGAAACUGCGAGAGGGGCGCCUCGCUUGGAGGAGCCGAUGGCAUAUGAGGGGACGGAGGUGGGCAGUAUCGAGACUUGGAGACGCGGCAUCGCAGACGUCGAAGUGGAAAGCGUAGCUACGAGCGUGGACGGGGAAUUCAUCACCCCUGGAGCUGCGCGGCAGCAGAGAGAACGUAUCAGAGAGCGAAAACGAGAAGAGCGCAGUCACGGGAAGAGCAGGCGGGCACCAAGCGUAGUCGAAAGCGUGAGGAGUGAACGCACUCUCCGGCGAGUCGGCAGCUUAAACACAGCUUCUCACCAACCCCCCUCUCUCAAACCGUCGGGUUCGAGGCCGCCUCCAUCCGAAAGCGGACGCAGCUCGAGAAGCAGAAAGACGAUCAAGGCGAAAGAGAAGGAUGACGAGAGCAGCCUCCACAGCGUCUUGGGCGGCAAGGACAAGAAGAAGAAUCUGCUCGCCGACAUGUUCAAGCGCAGCAAGGAGAAGAAGGAGAUCCGUCAGAGCGUGGUUGCGCAUCGACCGCGGAUCGUGGAGGUCUAG